AUGCAACAAGCUUCACCGAUAAAAGUUAUUAAUGAUUUAGCUCGACGAAAUAAAAUAUUUGUUGAAUAUCGACUGGAAAAAGAGUCGGGUCCAGCUCAUGCAAAAAUAUAUACGGUUCGACUGUAUGUGGGUGAUAAAGACUACGUUGGUACUGAGCGUAGUAUUAAAUUAGCACAGCGUGCAGCUGCUCAAUUAGCUCUUGAUGACCACCGAAAUUUACUAAUAACAAAUAAUUAUGAUCAAGAUAUUUCACAAACAAAUGGUAAGAUUUAUUCUUGA